UAUUAUGGUCAUGAUGAAGGCACCCAAACAACUGACAUGUUUCCUGAUGUGCAGCUGUCUUCAACACCAGUAAGGGGCUCAGUCUUCAGGCCCAGCAAGAGACCUCGUCUGGUGUUAGAUGAGGAAGAAGAAUCAGAAUUAAAUGUCGAACCCAAUGAUUCCACAUAUAACCCAGAUUCUGUUGUCACUGAAGAAUCAGAAUUGGCGAUAGAUCCACAACCCGACCACAGCGAUAAUAAAUACAUUGUUUUUGAAAGCUGUCUUCGAGAGCUGUUUGUGUCCUGUCCAGUUUGUAAGACAAAGUGUGUUGUCCAGAGCAGACGAAGGGGGACUUUUGUUGCAUUCACCCAGCUUUGUGAAAAGUGUAACUACCACAGACAGUGGCAGAGCCAGCCCAUUGUAGGGAGUACCCCACUUGGAAACCUGCUAUUGUCUGCUGCAACGUAUUUUAUCGGUGGAUCUUUUAAACAACUAGAGAAGAUUUUCAAGGCCAUGAAGCUCCAGAUGAUGCAUUUUGUAACUUUUAGGAUUCAUGCCAGGAAUUUCAUUGAGCCUACCAUAAUACACAAGUGGAACCAAGAUCAACUGAAUCUUAUAAGACAGCUGCAAGAGGGAGGAAAUGUUGCUGUGGCUGGAGAUAUGCGUGCUGACACGCCAGGACACUCAGCCAAAUUUGGCAGCUACACCAUUAUGCACAUGGAAACCAACAAAAUUCUGGAUCUUCAACUAGUUCAGAGCAACGAGGUUGGUGGCAGUUAUCAUAUGGAAAAGGAAGGAUUGAAGCGUUGUCUCGAUAAGCUGGAGUCUAAUGGUUUAGCUGUUGACUACAUAGUCACCGAUCGCCAUCCGCAGAUUCAGAAGUAGCUGAGGGACCGCAAUAUCACUCAGUUCUAUGACGUGUGGCACUUUGAGAAAGGUAAUUAAUUAUCUUUGUAUUAUUAAUCAAAUACAAAGUUGAUUCUUGUUAAAUUAAUUGUGUUUAACUGUUCAACCUAACUUGUAAAUUUUUAUUUUUGGGGUAAUUUGAUUAUCUUGAAAUAAUGAUUGUACAACAAAGCAUUUACUUUGUAUAGGUUUAUCUAAGAAACUU